CAAAAGGAUCUAAAUAUUAUUCGCUGUGUAUUUAUUACAGGUCGACAUUCGGACAUAGCGUAUUUUUUCUCGAUACAACUUUCAGAAACUGUCACGAAUGUUACAAUAUCCAUCAUUAUUAAUUUAUUAUUAAGCGCAUCUUGGCACAAUUCAUGUAUACUGACGGAAUCAUCGAAGUUAUAAAUAUUUACUAGAUAUAAAUCAUGCCACGUAGAAAUCGUCAUAAGAAAACUCCUCUUAUCGGAGAGGAUACCAGAAUUGCAGUAAAUUUAACAUUAAAGAAAUUAUUACAAACUCCUGAUCAAAAAGAAUUGGAAUUUCCAUCUUCGUAUACUGCAGAAGAAAGAGCUUACAUUCAUAAAUUAGCAUAUGAACUUGGAUUAAAAUCUAAAAGUAGAGGUAAAGGUGCAAAUCGUUUUUUAACCGUGUACAAAAGAGAAGGAUCAACUAUAGUUCAAGCCGACGCUGUAAUAAAAUUACAAAAAGCAUCAAAACAAAGUAUCUCUAAUCUGUUACAAGCUUUCCCAAUUAAUCAUAAAGAAUGUCAAGAUUUAUUACCACCAAUUGAACGAGAACGGCCUCCUAAUGCAGAUGUGAAUACAAAUACAAAAGCAAUGGGUAGAUUAAACAACAGUGUGCCUCAAAUACCGCAACUAAAAACUAAUUUUGAUAUAUUAAACUACCGCAAAGCUCUCCCAAUUUUUAAUUUUAGAGAAGAUAUUCUUGAUGCAUUAAAUGUUAAUCAAGUGAUCAUAAUAGGAGGCGAGACAGGUAGUGGUAAAACAACUCAAGUUCCACAAUUUAUUCUUGAACAGUGCCAACAAAAACAACAAGCAUGUAGAAUUAUUUGCACUCAGCCAAGAAGACUGUCAGCUAUUUCAGUAGCUGAAAGAGUAGCAUUUGAAAGAGAUGAAAAAGUUGGUCAAACGUUUGGUUAUCAGAUAAGGCUUGAAAGUAGAGUUGCUCCAAAAACUCUUGUAACAUAUUGCACAAAUGGUGUACUUCUUAGAACUCUUAUGGCAAAUGAUUCGAUUCUAAGUACUGUCACGCAUGUUAUUGUAGACGAAGUUCACGAACGUGAUAGAUUUUGCGACUUUCUUUUAAUAGCAUUAAAAGAUGCAUUGCAAAAACACAAAUCUCUUAAGCUUAUUCUUAUGAGUGCCACGUUGGAUGUAAGCAUUUUUGUGAAAUAUUUUAACAAAUGUGGAGUUAUAAAUGUUUUAGGCAGAUCGUAUGACGUCGACAUAUAUUUUCUUGAAGACGUUUUAAAAAUGACUGGUUACAUGACGAAAGAAAUGCUUGCAAAGAGGAAAGAAUUUAUAAAUAAAAAAGAUCAAUAUAAAGUUUUAGAAACUUGGACUCAAUAUAAACCUCAACAGUCAGGAUCAAAUACUAUGAAUGAAAGAUGUAUAUUGCCUGCACCGAUUUUAGCACAACAGAAUGAACCAGUCCCUGAAAAAGUAAAAUUAGAGCCAUGGUUAGCUGAAGAAAUGGAUAAAAGUAUCUCUGACGCGUGGUUACGCGGCGGCGAAGACAAUUUCGCACAACUUUUAUAUUUCAUACUUUCCGAAAAUGUUUCGGUAGAUUAUCAACAUUCCAUAACAUUUGUAACUCCGCUUAUGGUCGCCGCAGGUAAAGGAUGUAUAAAUACCACAGAACAACUUUUGAAUUUAGGUGCAAAUUUAAAUUUGCGAGCAGCCAAUGAAUGGACUGCAUUAGAUUGGGCAAGAAAUAUGAAUCAAACGGAAUGUGCCGAGUUAAUAGAAGCAUAUAUGAAAACUUAUGAUUGUGCACUACAGGAUGAAACCAAAGUACAUGUUAAAGAUAUUUCACUUUCAGAGGAAGAUAAAUUUUUAUUAGAUGUGUAUCAACAUACGUUUAACGAUGACAAAAUUAAUUAUGACCUUCUUUUACAAUUAAUUUUGUAUGUCCAUUUAAAGAUGCCGCCUGGUUCUCUUUUAAUAUUUUUGCCGGGGUAUGAUGAUAUUGUAACUAUGAGAGAAAAGAUAAAUAACGAGGAGAAAGAAAUGAAUAAGGGUUUGCGCUAUAAUUUAUAUGUGCUUCAUUCAUAUAUGCAAAUAUGUGAUCAAAAAAAAGUAUUUAAACCAAGUCCUGUAGGAUCUCGAAAAGUUAUUCUUUCAACAAAUAUAGCCGAAACAAGUAUUACAAUUGAUGAUGUUGUAUAUGUUAUUGAUUCAGGAAAGGUUAAAGAAAAAUCGUUCGAUGCUUUAUCGGGAGUAUGCACACUUAAGUCUAAUUGGAUUUCUCAAGCUUGUGCAAAACAACGUAAAGGUAGAGCAGGUAGAUGUAGGAAAGGCAUUUGUUAUCGGCUAUUCUCGUCAAUUCGAUAUAAUAGUAUGGAGACUUAUCAAACUCCAGAAAUCUUAAGAUCACCACUGCAAGAAUUAUGUUUGUAUACAAAACAUUUAGCUCCUGGAAAUACACCUAUUGCAGAAUUCUUAGAUCGGGCACUGGAACCACCUUCCAAUGUUAUAACGAGAAAUGCAGUUCAAUUAUUGAAAACUAUUGAUGCAUUAGACCCAUGGGAAGAUCUUACUGAAAUAGGAAGUCAUUUGCUUGACUUACCAAUUGAACCACGACUUGGGAAAAUGUUAUUGUACGCUGUUGUUUUGAAAUGCUUAGAUCCAGUCUUAACUAUCGUAUGUAGUUUGGCAUACAAAGAUCCUUUUAUAUUACCGCUACAACCAUCACAAAAGAGAGCUGCAAUCGCAGCACGUAAGAGAUUUGCGACCAAUACAUAUUCUGAUCAUAUGGCAGUUUUACGUGCUUUUCAAGGUUGGCAGAAUGCACGUGCAAGUGGUAAAGAACGCACAUUUUGUGAACAAAAUUUUAUUUCGGCUGCUGUGAUGGAGAUGGUUGUUGGAAUGCGUACACAACUUCUUGGUCAACUACGUGCAUCUGGAUUCAUUAGAGCAAGAGGACCAGGAGACAUUAGAGAUCUAAAUUCUAAUUCUGAAAACUGGGCAGUAGUAAAAGCAGCUUUAACUGCUGGUUUAUAUCCAAAUGUAAUAAGAGUAGACAGAGAACAUUUGCAAUUAAGGACACAAAAAGAAGUGAAAGUAUUUUUCCAUCCAUCAUCAACUUUAAGAGAUUAUCCCAAGUCACCAAGAAUGACAUUUACACAAGCAUAUGCAGCUAAUGUGGAAGCUUUACCUUGUGAUUGGUUACUUCAUGAAGAAAUGAGCCGUACAGGUCGAUUUUGUCAUGUUAGAAUGGUUACAUUGGUUAAUCCAUUAACAGUAGCAUUGUUCUGUGGACCAGCAAGAUUGUCUGUAGAUGUAAUCUAUGAAGCUGAAUGAACGAUUUUUAAACUUGACGAUUGGGUAGUAUUUAAACUUGAUCCAGAAACUGUUAGACUUUUUUUAUAUCUAAGACAAAAAUGGAAUGCUUUAUUUUUGAGACGUAUGAAAACGCCAAAUAAAACAAUGUCGCAACUUGACGAGAAAGUGGUCAGUGUCUUAGUUAGUGUUAUUACAAAUGAAGAACAGGCAUGUGGAUUACAACAACCAUCUGGUAUUGGCCAAAGACCGCGACCUUUGAUUGUUGACUAUUAUCCUAUCAAUAUUAGGAGAACAGACGACUUUGUAGAGAGGAAUUUUUAAAAUUGGUCGGAAGAAAAUUUUAUUAAGUAUUAUCUAUAAGAGAUAUUUUAUUUUCUUGGUUCCUAUGUGUAAUUUAAUAUGCAAGCAUACAACGAUAUUCCUGUAUUUACAUAAUUUUAAUGACAUUUGGAUAAAUUACUUCUGAAAUAGAGUAAAAGAAAUGAAUUGCCAGUGAUUGUAGGAUAAUUGCAGUUUCACUGAAAUGUUUACUCAGUAUUGAUAAAAUCAAUAAAUUUUGUUUUUCGUUAAAAGAUUUAAAAACAAUAAAAUAUCUCAUUUAAUUAUACCAUAUAUCUCUUAUAUGUAUAUCUUGCAUUUAUUUACUAUUACACACUUCAAACUCUGGUUAUUCAAACUCUGGUUAUUCAAACUCUGGUUA